AUGGGUAGAGGACCAAAGAAGCAUCAAAAGCGCUUGAGCGCGCCAUCACAUUGGCUUCUCGACAAACUCUCUGGUGCAUACGCUCCUCGUCCCUCUGCCGGUCCCCACAAGCUCCGCGACUGCAUGCCGCUCAUCGUCUUCAUCCGAAAUCGACUAAAGUAUGCUCUCAACGCUCGCGAGACCAAGGCAAUUGUCAUGCAACGCUUGAUCAAGGUUGAUGGCAAGGUCCGCACCGAUGCCACAUACCCCGCCGGCUUCAUGGACGUCAUCAGCAUCGAGAAGACCGGCGAGCACUUCCGUCUUGUCUACGACACCAAGGGCCGCUUCACCGUUCACCGAAUCCAGUCCGAGGAGGCGGAAUACAAACUUGGCAAAGUCAAGAGAGUUCAGUUGGGCAAAGGCGGAAUCCCAUUCUUGGUCACGCACGAUGCGAGAACUAUCCGUUACCCUGACCCAGCCAUCAAGGUCAAUGACACCGUCAAGAUCGACCUCGCAACUGGCAAGAUCACCGACUUCAUCAAGUUCGACACUGGUGUCAUCGCCAUGGUUACUGGUGGCCGUAACAUGGGACGUGUUGGUGUCAUUACCCACCGAGAGCGUCACGAUGGAGGCUUCAACAUUGUGCACAUCAAGGAUGCCAUAGACAACUCUUUCGCUACGCGUGAGAACAACGUCUUUGUGAUCGGUUCAGAGAAGCCGUGGAUCUCUCUGCCAAAGGGCAAGGGUGUCAAGCUCACAAUUGCAGAGGAGAGAGAUCGCAGACGUGCGCAUGCCAUUGCAGGCCACUGA